AUGGGCAUAAUCACGAGCCUCGUGAAGCUCGCAGUGGCCUAUCCGGAGACCCUUCUGUCUCUCGUCUCCUUUGUCGUCCUCUUCUUCUACAGUGGGAUACGCCGUAGCCGCGUCCCCAGGAACUGGCCUCUCCUGGGCAUGUUCCCUAGCGUCCUCACCCAGAUCCACCGUUUCUACGAGUGGUGCGUAGAUCUCAUCCCCAUCGUCGGUUCCACCUUCCUGUUCAAGGGACCCUGGUUCUCCGGCAUGGACAUUCUCAUCACCAUCGAUCCGGCUAACAUCAACCACAUUUUCAACGCCAACUUCGUCAACUACCCAAAGGGCGCCCAGUUCCUGGAGAUCUUCGACAUCCUGGGAGAUGGGAUCUUCAAUGCCGACUCUGACUCCUGGAAGAGCCAACGUAAGGCGGUCCAUUCUCUCAUGAGCGAGCCCAGGUUCCGGCGUUUCGUUGCAAGGACGAGCAGAGAGAAGGUGGAAGAAUACCUCGUUCCCCUCCUCGCACGUGCCGCGGAGCAGGCCACCGUUGUGGACCUCCAGGACUUGUUCCUUCGGUUCACCUUCGACACCACCUGCAACCUGGUCUCGGGGGUCGACCCGGGUUGCCUGUCGCCCGACCUCCCUUCCGUGCCGUUUGCCAACGCUAUAGACAAUGCAGAAGACGUAUUGUUCUUCCGGCACGUUGUGCCCAUGAGCUGGUGGAAGCUGCUGAGGUGGCUGCGGGUGGGGGAAGAGAAGAAGAUGGCGCUGGCGUGGGAAACCAUCGACAAGUUCACGAAUAAUCUGAUUUCCUUGAGGAUGGAGGAGAUGAAGCAUGGUAGAGAAGACCGAGAACAGGACGAAGACGUUGCACCCGACCUACUAUCGUCGUAUCUGAAGACCCGUCCCGAGCUUGGAGGCGUUGCCGUCGUAUCCAAGAAGUUCCUGCGAGACACAACCUUGAAUUUAUUGUUGGCAGGGAGGGAUACCACGGGAACGGCGCUCUCAUGGUUCUUCUGGAUGAUCUCCCAGCAUCCCGAUGUGGAGCGGAAGAUCCUCGAGGAGCUGAAGCCAAUUCUAGCAGUUUCUACCGACGAAGGAAAGGCUGCCGUCUUCAAGGCCGAAGACAUAAAGUCAGCCUUGUACCUGCACGCAGCCUUAUGCGAAACCCUGAGGCUUUUCCCGCCGGUUCCCCUCGAGCACAAGAGCACCAAGCUGGCGGACGUCCUUCCCAGCGGUGAUAAAGUCUAUCCCGAGACGAAGUUACUCAUCAACCUGUACUCCAUGGCCAGAAGCGAAGGGAUCUGGGGAAAGGACUGCCGCGAGUUCAAGCCAGAGCGUUGGAUCUCCGAUCGGGGGACUCUGAAGCACGAGCCCUCCUACAAGUUCCUCUCCUUCAACUCCGGGCCGAGGACCUGCCUCGGCAAGGACAUGGCCUUCAUCCAGAUGAAGGUGGUGGCGGCUACCCUGAUACACAACUUUCGCAUCAAGGUGGUGCAAGGCCAUGUCGUUGCCCCAAAACUUUCCAUAAUCCUCCACAUGAAGAACGGGCUGAUGGUUAACGUGGAGAAGAGGGCCUGA